UAAUGCUCUUUCCCAGUUGCUGCUUUGUUGAAGACAUUACAAGUACACAUUGUAAGAGUUCAAGUGAGAAAAUUUGAAGAGUUUAGCUACAAACAAAGAAAAACAGAGCAGGAAAACAAUAUCAAUUUCUGAAACAGAGUUUAAAAGAAAAAGUAAAAAGAUAAUAUGGGUUUCUGGACACUCUUUGAAGUGGCUUCCAUGCCAAUUCUACAAGUAUUACUUACUGGUAUAUUGGGAGCUUUUAUGGCUACUAGUUACUGCAAUAUUCUUACUACUGAUGCUCGAAAAUCAUUGAACAAGAUUGUUUUCAUAGUCUUUACACCCUCUCUCAUGUUUGCUAGUCUGGCUAAAACUGUGACUUUCCAAGACGUCAUUUCAUGGUGGUUUAUGCCUGUUAACAUUGGACUCACCUUAUUGAUUGGAGGGAUUCUUGGAUGGAUUGUUGUUAAAUUACUGAAACCACAACCUCAUCUUGAAGGACUUGUUAUUGCUACAUGUUCAUCAGGAAAUUUGGGAAAUCUACUUCUGAUAGUUAUUCCUGCAAUCUGUAAUGAGGAUGGAAGUCCAUUUGAUCGUGACACCUGCAGAUCUGUUGGACUCUCAUACGCAUCUUUCUAUAUGGCGCUUGGUGAUUUCUUCAUCUGGACUUAUACUUACAGUCUGAUACGAUCUUCUGCUGCGAAAUUGAAAGUAAUUGAAGCAGCUGAGGAGAUUACAAAAGCACCUAACAACGAUUUAGAAGCUAGUCAAGAAACUCACCUUCUCAAGCAAGAAGACAAAGAACAUGCUGCAAAAUCUGUGGAUGAUACAGAAACAGAAGCUGUUGUUUCCCAAGAACAUGGAAAAGGAGUAGCAUUCUUGAAUAAAUUGCUAGGAUCUCUUCUCAAGAUUUUGGAGGAGCUCUUGGCGCCGCCCACGCUCGCUGCAAUUUUGGGUUCAAUCUUUGAGCAAUUACAUUUCCUCCAAGAAAAAAUCGUAUAUAGUGAUAAUGCUCCUCUUCGUGUAAUUCAAUACUACAUCACAUUACUUGGAGAAGGAACAAUACCUUGUAUAACACUUAUUCUUGGAGGCAACCUUAUUCAAGGAUUACGCUCAUCAAGACUGAAGCCAUGGAUCAUAGUUUCUGUUCUAUUUGUUCGAUAUGUGAUGCUUCCUGCAAUUGGUCUAUGGCUUGUUAAAGGAGCAGCUAAAUUUGGAUUCCUUCCAUCAGAACCAUUAUAUCAGUAUGUUCUGAUGAUUCAAUAUACAUUGCCACCUGCUAUGAAUAUUGGUACUAUGACCCAGCUGUUUAAUGUGGGUCAAGAAGAAUGUUCAGUUCUCUUCCUAUGGACAUACUUAGGUGCAGCACUAGCACUUGCUGUCUGGUCAACAGUCUUCAUGUGGAUAUUGUCCUGAGGAAAGCUAUUUUUUCAUAGAAAAUGAAAACCACUAUUAUAUCAGUAUAGGAGAAAAAGCCUAAAAGAAUUCCAUUAAUUGGGAUUUGUUUCA